CUUGAAAUAUCAGUUAAGCAGAUCUAACUGACCAUGAAUACCCCUCCCCAUCACGACCCACAGCAGCCAGAUGUUUUCUUGAGGAGCAUGCAGACUCCACCCUCCAAACCUCUCCUCACAUCCAAAGACUCAAAGAGAGUUUGUUUUUACAAGAGUGGAGACCCACAGUUUUCUGGACACUGGGUCGUCAUCAAUCGUCGUACGUUCAAGACUUUUGAUGCCCUGCUGGAUGCCCUUUCAAACAAAGUGCCUCUACCAUUUGGGGUACGCACCAUCACAACACCCAAAGGUACACACGCUAUCCGGAGCUUAGACGGUCUGCAGCAUGGGGCCUCUUAUGUGUGCUCAGAUCAAAGAACGGUCAAACCCCUGAACCUGGAUGAGAUCAAGCAGAGACAUGUCCCCUGGAACAGCACCAAACCUACUAGCGCAGGACGUCAGGGACGCAGAGGACUGAUCCGGAACCUGGUAAAAAAGAAUGAAGUGGGCAGGAUGGCAAAAAUGACUGAAAGCUCUGUGACAGUGAAGACACCAAAAAGGCUUGUGGUCUUUAAAAACAGGGAUCCCAACACUAAGCACAUAGUGGUUUUGCAGAGGAGGACAGCUCCAACAUUUGAGGCUCUCUUGGAAUACCUUUCCCAAAUGAUGCAGCUUCCUGUGAUAAAGCUAUACACCACUGAUGGCAGACGAGUUGAAGGUCUGCCAGCUCUGAUCCUGUGCUCUGGUGUCAUCGUAGCCGCUGGUAAUGAACCAUUUCAGCCAGCUAACUUCAAUCUCCAAGCAUCCACUCAACUCUCCCACUCAGUUAUAUCUGAAUCCAUGGGCCAAACAAAGACACAGCCAUUGCCACAUGAUCAACAAAAAUCAGUUAGCAGUGGACCAAGAUCAAGAAAUUUCUCAUUGUCAUCAGAACGAUAUUUUGUAAAUCAGAUCAAUAGUUCACUAAAUGGAAGCUACUCUGAGGAGCAUGAAGUGAAAAGAGGAUCGAUGGUGAGCAUGAACAACCAAGCGCUGGAGUCAGAAGAGAUGGAGAAAUGUGACUUCAUGUCUUCAUGUAUGGCAGAAAAGGAUCGCUUGCUUUUACCUUCAGAUGAUGAGAUUGAGAAAUCGUUUCGUGUGAAUCAGGAUGGCAGCAUGACCGUAGAGAUGAAAGUUCAUCUCACAAUAAAGCAAGAGGAGAUGAUUCACUGGACCACCACAGUGAGUCGAGCCUGUGUUAACAGCCAAGGGAUGGCAACAUUCUUCCAACCAGUCUCAAGCUGCAACUCCACAGAUAAUAAAGACAACAAUAACAGAAAAAGAGAGUCAAAUAUAGAUAGCUAUGACUCGAAAGAUGAGAAUACACAAACUUAUAAACCGAUCAGAUUAAAUAAGGAGGGAGAAAAUCAUUGUGGAAGUGUCACCUCUGAAGCAUUGGAAAAACCAAAACCACGUUUCAGGAGGCUGCCUACUCCCGGACCUAGGUGUGUCAGAAGGAAAGAAACUUCAGUGGAGAAUACAAAGAGGCUAUCACAAACUGAGGGUGAGGAAAGCACAGUUUCUUCUCCACAUACGAGUAUGCACCAAGCUGAAAGCGAGCUAUUUGAAGGGUACCGUGUUGUCAGUCAUAGCAGCUCUAGCAGUCCAAGACCUGUACCAAAACCCAGGAAGAAAAAUUUGAAAGAAGCCAAGUACAACAAGACUUGUUCCUCUCUCUCAGGAAUGGGAGAGGUUCUUCAACUGGACAACAAAGGAAAAGAGAUUACAGAAACUGUAAAGCAUAUGCAUCAGUCACAGGAAAACUAUUUUGGAAAAACCUGGGCUGAUGAUGAUGAGGAGGACAGGUUUGAAUUUAUGUCUCAAGGACACAACACGCCAGACUCAACUCAAUCCAGGCCUCGAUCUUCAAACAAUGACUGUGACAUUGAUCUUUGCAAACUAUCUUCUAGUUCUUGUUCUGGGAAUGCUAGGAACCAUGAACUCUUAUCUUUGCUUUCUGACCAGUCAGACCUUUCACAAACAAGAAGCAACAAAGCAUCUUCCUUCACCGUCUAUGAAAAUCAAGCUGUGUAUCAAGCCUCAGACAAAGGAGUGGAUACAUCGACUAAAGACAACUCUAAAAAUAAAAGAGCUCUAAGUAAGAAGACAAAAAUGGCACAAAAAUCUGAACGGUCAAACAAACACGUGCUUUCGAAAAGGACUGUAAGAGACAAAAAGCAGAAAGGUAGUGUUUCAGACUUUUUAAAAGGCCUAAAGAACAGUGAUUCUCCAGAAUCGCAGCGCUAUACAGACAGUGACAAAUAUGUAAUGAAGGUUAAAAAGAGAAAGAAAGUUCAAUCACCUAAGAAGGUAAACACAUGUAAUAGUAGCAUGUUAAGGGACACAUCUCAAAAUGUAAACUUAAGUCAUACAGACAUCCUAAGGCCACACAUUAAGGAAAAAUUAGACAUUAUCACAUCAUCUCAUUCAGCACCUUCCAAGAUUCUAGCAAAGCAAAGUUCUGUGAAUGGCAGCAUAAUAAAAUCUCCUAAAGCGAGCAAGGAGUUGAGUGAAAGUAUUUCUAUGCCAGUGCUCCAUUCAUCUCCCUGCAAUGUGCACCAGUAUGUGGAAAACUGGCUACAACAAAUUCACCCUGAAUCAGUGCCCUAUGUGGAUGAGUUAAAUGUGCAUGAAUCUAGAGCUAGGUUCCAGAUUGAAAGUGAUUUCUCAGAAAUUUCAGAAAUGAGAAAUGAAUUAGACAACAAUAGCUUGGUGGAGCACUGCGCCUCUGUUAAAGGUUCUACUGUCAAGAAACCAGUGUCUCAACAACUUGUGAAAAUUAGUUGUGAGGGAGAACUUAUGGAGACACAGAAACUGAGAAGAUCCUGUAAAUCAAUGCCAAGUGUGAAAAUGGACGCUGCUGAACAGGAGAUUGGCACAAGAAAGUAUAAGUCUUCAGAGGACUUGGUUCCCAAAUUGCCAGAUGCAGGGGGUGAAACAUCACCAAACACACAGCUGAACCCUAGAUCCGGUAUGAAACAAAUUUUGGAGCAGUUAUGUUUAUCUGUCUAUUUGAUCAGAAGAGCCUGUAGUCAUUCUCAUCUAUCAUCCUUGAAGAAGAACAAGAAAUCCAGUAACCUUCCUGACUUCUCAUCAGUGUUGGCCUCUGUUUUUGGCUCUCCAUCUAAGGCACUUCUCUCCUUCCUGACAGUGAUGACACUGAGAGAUGGAAUUGCCAACUUUGCCAACGAAGACUCAGGUUCUGCCAAUGCUAAUAACUCCGGCAACAAUCCAGAGGCUCUCCAAGUCAUGCAAUCCUUACAAAAAUUGGCCAGCAUAGAGGAUGAAAAAGAGCUUAAGGCCAGCCUGGCAAGUCUCCACAGUUCAACUUCUGCCCAGUUAAAGAAGAGCUGGAGAGAUUUCCAAAAGAAAAAUGAUAUCAAAGGAAGUCCUCCACUGGUAGCAAGACAGUCAGAGCACGAGUCUGCUCUUGAGGUCAGCUCAGAAGGGGAAGAUAAAGGGCACGUUUUCAGUAUUGGAGAGGUAAUGGAUGAGCUUAACAUGUGUGAUGAUCUUCGCAGAGAGAUUUCCUCACUUGUUAGAUGUGAUUUGACAAAUUUCAAUCAGGAAAAACUCACGAAGGAGCAUUCUGAUCAUGAAAACGAAACCGCCAAUAUUACUUGUGAGAACGAUGUUUCCACUAUGAAAGACAAUUUGGGGGGGUUCUUAGAGAAAGAAAGAAGAUAUUUAGAGGAGAAGGAAAGUAAAUAUGAUGAUAUUACAAACACUAAGGCUGCAGAUUUAUCCAAAGAAUCUGAAGAAUUGCAUUUACUCGAGUUAAGUUCCCGUAUGCCAGCACUUCUGAGUAACGAGCUAGCUGUGAAAGAAUCAGACAUAGGGAAAAAUGUCCAAAUUGAGGAUGUGAUUAAACAAAAAGGACUAGUUGCAUAUAUAAAUGAAACUGUGGAUGAUAUCAAGACAAACCUGAAAAGGUAUGCAGAUAACGAACCAAGCAAAGCUGAUCUAGGUGAGGAAAAACAGGAGAUGAUGGACAAUGUCCAGAUAAUUGAGGAAAAGUACACAGAAGAUGAGACUAGCCAGGUUGAUGAAUUUCAGAUGCCAGAUUACAGUCUAACUAAUCUGGAAGACAAAGUGGAACGGCAAGAAAAUGUAAGUUGUAUGCAAUCUGAAUCUGAACUGCUUUCUCCCAUUUCAGAGACACAGGCAAAAGAUGUCAAAUCGAAUUCUGAGGUGACUGAUAACACUGUCAGUAAAAGGGAAGAUUGUACAGAUAGUUUAGAAGGAUGUGGCAUAAAUUCAAAGGAGGAAGACACCUACUGUGAAACCAUGGAACAUCCUAAACAGCCAGAUGUAAUAUCAGUGGCUUCAGACACAGAGACUCUAGAAGCACACCAUCCAAACAAUGGCAGUAUCCAAACAGAAGAAAAGAAUGCAAUACACAAAGAUAGAUCAGAGGCAUCCGUCUUUAGUGCAGAUGAAGAUGAUCCACACAGUAAUGAUGAUAAUAGCCCAAAGGAAGUUGAGAGUAAAAAUGACCAUGAAGAAACAAUGUGUAGCACAUCAGAAUGUGAAAAUCCAGCUGCCGAACCACACCGUUCUUCAGUGUCUGAUCAAGAGGAUGAACACUUUAACCACUACAAAUCAGCAUCUUGCACAUGUCAAGAAUCAGAAACUGAACGUGACCUUCAGGAAUCAGAGGAGGAAAGUGUCUCUGAGAAGCAGGCUCAUAAUGCUAAUGAGAAUAUUGAAGAAGCAGAUGAGGAAGAAGACUGUGAUGCAGAACCAUCCUCUCCUCAACAGUUGCAUCAAGAAGGUGAACAUUCAGACCACUCAGAGUCUGAUAAAGGUCGAGAAUCAGUAGCUGAACUUGAACUCCAGACAGUGGAGGAGGAAAAUGUUUGUAAGAAUCUGACUCAACCUGCUGAGGAGAAAGAUGAUGAAACAGAUGAACAAGACGACAAGCAGAGCAAUGCUUUAGAUACUGACAAAGACUUAGAUACUCAGUCACACCACUGCUACUUGGAAGAUCCUUCAAUCAAAGAGUUUCUGAGGAGGGAAUCAUGCAAAAGUGAAGAAAAAUAUGAAGACCAGUCAGUAGAUUCUGCAGGAAUAGAAGAAGCAGAUAUGGAUCACGAAUGUCACUGUGUGCAUCCUACAGUGUUCCCCCAACAGCUGCUGGAUUUUGUCAACUUAGCUCUGAUGUCCUCUGCUCUGAUUUUCACAUACGAUUCAAAUGGCUGUCUACGACUUGAGCCAGACAGAUGCAAAAACAGAGCAAUGUCUUUGUCUAAAUGUAAUGAAGACAAUCAUUAUUCUAGGAGAUGCCUUCCUAGCCCCAACACAUCUGACCUCUCUGAUUACAGGCCUGAUACAUCAGACAUUGGAGAAGACCUGGCACAGGUUUCGACAGACCUUUUAACUGACAGUGGAGAGGAUGCGGAAGAGAGACUGUUCUUUUACCAAGGCAGCAUGAAGCAAAGCUCUGAGAACAUCAACAGUCUUAGCUCUUUUCCUGACUCCAUGGUUAGCAGUACUAUGCAGGACUACAGCAACUCUCCAGAUUCUCUUGGGAAUUCUGAGUUUGCACAAGCUUGUCUAGCUUUUAAUGCAAAGAAUGACUCUGAGGAAGGAAUCCUGAUAGAUAAGGGUAGGUGGCUUCUUAAAGAAAAUCACCUCAUUCGUCAAUCUCCUCCUGUUCCAAUGGGAAUGUAUGAAAAUGUGGAUACAACAUCAGUUGACACAGGUCAAGAAAACACAAGUGAGGAUGCCCCCUACAUACCUUGCAGGGGAAAACAGUCCCCACUAGCUGUCAUAUCCUCUUCUGAGCUGGAAGACAUGGCCAAGCCAUCCACACCCAAGUGUACAUACUUCAACAUGACUCACAGUAGUGGCUCCGACCCUUUCCUGGAUAAUCAGAGCACUACCAGUAACAAGGGAAGAGCCUUCACUCGAAAAAGCAAAGAAGUAUCACCAGUGGGAGAAGCGUCGAAAAUGUUGGCAAAGAAAAAUGGAAGCCUCCCCUCUUUUACAUCCGUUGACUUUAAACUGGCCACUGGAAAAGUCCAUCCAGAGGACGGCAUGGCAUCUGGUAUGGUGGAGAAAUCUGCCAGAUCCCAGAGCUUAAGAUGCAACACACCAACUGAAGAGGGUCUGAGUCUUAGGUGUGGACAGCAUUGCCCAAUACUGUAA